ACGAGGGAAGACGUUACAUUGGGACAAACAGUAGAAGGUGAAAGCUUGAAUUAUACGGGAGACUAUCAAUAUCAUGGUACUAGUAAACAACCGUCAGACCUAAUUGAAGGGAAUGGUACGGAUGAGAUUGAUUCUGGGUGUAUGGAAGAUUCAUUAGCGCCUUAUGAGGAAGGUGAGAGAUUCUUUUCGUUUAAUUCAUUGACUGAUGCAUCGGAUCAGGCACCAGUAUCGCUUGAAGAUGCUUCUAAUAAUGUUGGACUAACACACACGAAACAGAAGCAUCGCACUCCGAUACAGCAGAAGCAUGUGAAUGAUAAUAUCACUCAUCCUGGUGUUGCACCGAACGAUUUUGGAUGUAAUCCGCACAUCGGACCGGGACAUCAUGCCAUAUCACAAUCAAUCUGUUGGAAUAAUCCCAAGCUCGCUCAACCCGAUAUUGUACCAAACCAUAUUAUACAGCCGUACCAUCCAUGUCUAUACCAAGCUUUUCCGCCGAAUAUGAGUUAUCCUCCACCACCAUAUAACAACUACCCAUACCACACUCAGCAUAAUUUUCCUUUAUUGCAGUACCACACAUCCCCACCGAGUGUAUACGAAAACGCUCAGCAACCUCAAUUCAAUCCAGGAGCGCCUAACAAAACCAGACCACCAUUUAACACAAGAAAACAUGCACCAACGCGCAAUAUACAGGGUCAGACAUCCACACAACACGAACAUGUGAUUAGCCCUAAUAUUAAUCCAGGCGGUGUGCGUAAUCACUUCAUACCUACACAGGUAGAAAGGAAGUUAGUUCAAGGCCAUUCCUCGCAUUCAGGGGUAGGAGAUGAUGCCAGUGGAUCACGUAUUAAAAUGAAUUGGAAUCAACCAGCGGAUAAGAGCGAUGAAUCGAUGUCAAAUCAGGACG